AUGAGGAUGGCUACUUCAAGGACUAGUUACGACAAGAAUGGUUACGACAAAGACGAUUACAACAAGGACGGUUACAAUGAGGACGGUUAUGACAAGGACGAUUACAAUAAGAACGGUUAUGACAAGGAUGGUUACAACAAGGACGGCUACGACAAAGAUGGUUACGACAAAGACGACUACGAUGAGGAAUGUUACAAUAAGGACAGUUACGACAAGGACGGUUAUGACAAAGACGAUUAUGACAAAGAUGGACGGUACAACAAAGACAGCUACGACAACGACGGUUACCACGAGGACGGUUACUUCAAGGACGAUUACGAUAACAACAGUUACGACAAGGGUGGUUACGACAAGGACAAUUACAACAAGGACGGUUACAACAAAGAUGGUUAUGACAAGGACGAUUACGAUGAGGACGGUUACAACAAGUAUGGUUAUGACGAGGGCGAUUAUGACAAGGACAAUUAUGACAAAGAUGGUUACAACGAAAACGGUUACAACAAGGAUGGUUACGACAAGGACGAUUACGACGAGGACGAUUAUAACAAGGAUGGCUGUGACAAGGAUGGUUACAACGAGGACAGUUACUUCAAGGACGGUUACGACAAGAACAAUUACAACAAGGAUGGUUACGACAAGGAUGGUUACGACAUGAGUGGUUAUGACAAGGACGGUUAUAACGAUGAUGGUUACAACAAGGAUGAUUACGACAACGAUGGUUACAAUUAG